GCAUCAUUUUUCAAUGUAUUCAGCCAGUACUAUAGCGGCAUCAUCGAUAGCUGCUGCCUUAAGUGGUUUAAAUUGGCAUUUACGUACGGGUCAAAAUUUGCGUUAUUUACUUAAUCUUCUUACAGAUCUAACCAGUGUAGAACAGGAUUACCUCCAUGACUGUAUGAUGAAAAUGGAAACCAUCUUUGAAGAACACAGUCGUAAUUUGCAACCCUAUUUGGGUAGCGUAGAAAUACAGCAUAAUAAUUCCUUAAAUAAUAACAAUAUUAAUAACAAUAAUAAUAUUAGCAGCAACAACACCUCCUCAACAACAUUAACAACAGCUCAAUCUCAGUUUAUACAAAAUAAUCCUCAAUAUCUUCAUUAUGCAUAUCACAAUCAUCAUCAGCAUCAUCAUUCCGGCCCAACAUCAGUGCAACAACAUCAACAUCAUCAUCAUAAUCAACAUCAUUUGGAUAUCGUCAGUGCGGCGGGUAGUUUAAAUGCAAAUAAUUUACUACCAAAUCUAACACAAACCUGUAAAAUGCAAGCCAAUGCCCAAAAAGAGGUGCAGGAUAUAAAAUUCUAAGUCGUAGUUUUUUAAUAAGUUUUUUUUUUUAAUUAUUAUUAAUAAUCUAUUAUUAUUUUUUAUUAAUUAACUAGUUUUUUAUUAAUAGUUUUAGUUUAUCUUUUUAUGAAUAACUUUUCCAGUUAAAGAAAUAAUGAAAGAAAAAAAGUAA